CACACACGCAGGCGGCAGCUCUAACCUGACCAGAAUCCCCUUUCCCACCACUUCGGCCUUGGUAUUUCCUUCUUCCUGCCACAAUUGGUGCCCAGGACCGUUACCAUGGAGAAUGAGCAGCUGCAGGUUCCACCUCCCUCCAGCAGCACCAGCAGCACCAGCACUGCCAGCAGCACCAGCAGUAGUAAUGGGCGCCAGCCGGGACCCCAGAUCUCUGUGUACAGUGGGAUCCCAGACCGCCAGACCGUCCAGGUGAUCCAGCAGGCCCUGCACCGGCAGCCCAGCACCGCGGCACAGUACCUGCAGCAGAUGUAUGCAGCACAGCAGCAGCACCUCAUGCUGCAGACGGCCGCCCUGCAGCAGCAGCACCUCAGCAGUGCCCAGCUCCAAAGCCUGGCGGCCGUGCAACAGGCGAGUCUGGCUGCUAACAGGCAGGGCGCCUCCUCCGGCAACAAUGCCGCCCCCCCAACACCAUCCCAGCAGCCCACGAUAAACCUGGCCACGUCCCCUGCUGCCGCCCAGCUGAUCAACCGAACUCAAAGCGUGAACUCUGCAGCCGCCUCAGGCAUCACCCAGCAGGCUGUGCUCCUGGGGAAUGCCACCUCCCCUGCCCUGACGGCCAGUCAGGCCCAGAUGUACCUCCGGGCCCAGAUGCUGGAAGUGAGCGGGGGCCGAAUGCAGAGGGGGAGGGGCCCCCAGCGUUGGCUCCAGAGCCCCUCCCGGGCCUCCCCGAUACCCCAGCAGGAGCUGCUGUUGCCCCGGGGCACCCCCGCUCGGGCCCAGCAAAGUAACCUUGUGCAAGUAGCUAGGAGCCUAGGCCGUGCUGUUCCUUUAUCCCCCCAGCUCAUCUUCACUCCUACGGCCACAGUCACCGCGGUGCAGCCCGAGGGCAGCGCAGCCCCCACCUCCCAGCCAUCCACCACCACUGCUCAGGUCCAGAAUUUGGCCAUAAGAGCCCAGCAGACAGUAGCACAAGGAGUGGCUUCCUCCCAAGCCCAGCAGCUCCCCACCCUGGCCAUGAAGCCAGCUCCAAGCAGCAGUCAGCCAGCCUCCAACACUUCUCAGGGCAAGGCCGUGGGGCCAGCUCCUUCUGUGGGCACCAAGGGCAGCCAGGCUGAGCAGGCAGCAGAGCACUUUAAAAAGGGAGACGGCGGCGUGCCCACCAGCAUGGACAGCCGAGGGCACCCCAUGAGCCGGACGGUGACACCGGUGACUACCCACCCACUCAUCGCCCCAGCGUAUGCCCAGCUGCAGCCCCACCAACUCAUUCAGCAGCAGAAGCAGAUCCAGCACCAGUUUGUGAUCCAGCAGCAGCAGCUCCAGCCCAGGCCUCAACCUCAGCUCAUCCAGGGCGGUGCCAACACCUCGCCCCAGCUGCAGCCGCUGCCCACGCCCAGCCUGGCAGUGCAGCCCAGCCCGCAGGUGCAGGGCCAGAGCCACCCCACCCCACAGGGCCCAGUCCCCCUGUCCCACCCACCACAGUGCCAAGCUUCCAGUCAGCACAAACCUAGUGCUAACCAGCCAUACCAGCCCACUCUGCACACCCCUGGGCUCCAAGCCGUGGGCCCGGCCCAGCCAGCACCUGAGGGCGGGCCUCAGAACAGACACCCCGGGUGCCUGAACCAUGCCACGCAGCGCAAGUUCCAGCAUGCCUCAGCCGUGAUCCUGCAGCUCCAGCCGGCCAUAGGGACGCCUCAGCUCAGCAUCCAGGAGAAUGCCAGGAAAGACGUCCUUCCUGCUGAUAAGAACCCGGAAAGCCUGCCAGCUCAGCAGUCGCAGCCACCACAGGCUGCCCUGAUGCCCCCAGCUGCGCCCCCGGACCCAGAGAUCUCUGAGGGCAGCAGGCCCCCUACUCAUGAGCCGGGACAGGACCGUGUUCAUGUGCAGAACGACCCCAGCAGCCCCGGCAUGACAUCAGGGAACGGAAACUCUGCCUCUACUGUCGCUGGCGCUGCCCCCCAGAAUGGUGAGAAUAAACCACCACAGGCCAUUGUGAAACCCCAAGUCCUGACGCAUGUUAUCGAAGGGUUUGUGAUCCAGGAGGGGGCAGAGCCGUUCCCGGUGGGGCGCUCUUCGCUGCUCGUGGGGAAUCUCAAGAAGAAGUAUGCCCAGGGCCUCUUGGCCGAGAAACUCCCACAGCAGGACAAUACGACCACCACUGACUCUGAAAUGGAGGAGCCCUAUCUGCAAGAAUCCAAAGAGGAGGGGAACCCCCCGAAGCUGAAAUGUGAGCUCUGUGGCCGCGUUGACUUCGCCUACAAGUUCAAGAGGUCCAAACGCUUCUGCUCCAUGGCCUGUGCCAAGAGGUACAAUGUGGGGUGCACGAAGCGGGUGGGGCUCUUCCACCCUGACCGCAGCAAGCUCCAGAAACCAGGGGCGGCCACGCACGGGCGCCGCCGCACCUGCAAGGGAGCCUUACCUGUCCUCAGCAAGGACACCAAGAAACAGACGCCAGUGUCCCUCUCCACGGGCUCGGUGCCGCUCUCUGUCACAGCCUCGCUCCAGCUCAGCCGCAGCCAGGAGGAUUCCAGUCGCUGCUCCGAUAACUCGAGCUAUGAGGAGCCACUGUCUCCCCUCUCGGCCAGUUCGUCCACCUCACGCCGGCGGCAGGGUGAGCGUGACCUGGAGCUGCCCGACAUGCACAUGCGGGACCUGGUGGGCAUUGGGCACCACUUUCUGCCCAGCGAGCCCACCAAAUGGAAUGUGGAAGAUGUCUAUGAAUUCAUUCGCUCCUUGCCAGGGUGCCAGGAGAUCGCGGAGGAGUUCCGUGCCCAGGAGAUCGAUGGGCAGGCCCUGCUGCUGCUGAAGGAGGAUCACCUCAUGAGUGCCAUGAACAUCAAGCUGGGCCCAGCGCUGAAGAUCUAUGCCCGCAUUAGCAUGCUCAAGGACUCCUAGAGGUGCCCACAGGCGUGGCACAGGCAGCCCACCUGGACACUCCCACGCAGGGCAGAGGCACUUGCCUACACAAGCCCUUGGGCAACAGGCUGUAGCUGUCGCUAGGAGCUGGGGGGAUGACACUGGGCCCAUGAGCUCCCUGUGGCCUGGAGCACAAACGGCCCCUGAAUGCCCCAGCUGGGGUCUGGAUACCUGUCUUCCCACCUCCUGGCUGGGGCAGAGGCUAGGUCUUGUGGGGCUGUACAUAUUUUGUAGUAUUAGCUUCCCCUCCUGCAGUCCCAGCCUGCCGUGCGGCGCACAGGGGAGAAGGGAUCAUGGCUGCAGGGUGGGCUGGGGCUGGGCAGGGGCCAGUGGCCCCCAUGGCCAGGUGCUGGCUGGCAGUAGGCAGGGCUGGUCUGAUUCCCUGCUACUUGCCCAAAUGUGAGACCCACAGGAGCCCCCCUCUCCCCAAGAACUGCAGACUUGCCAUGUGCUGGACCCAACCCCCCACUGAAUGCCAAACAGGAUGGUUGCCUUAAAGUUGUGUGUGGUUGUGCCAGGCACUGCCCGCACACCCAGCAAGCAACCAGGUUCUGGGCCCCCCUGUAUGCUCCCAGCCUGUGGGGGUUCCAGUGCAUCCUGUGGCUCGGACUGUUAAUGUGGAAGCCAGUGGGUGCCCCUGGGGUUGGCUCCUGAGCAGUGGGGUCCCUGCUCCUGGGACGGUACAGUGGGGAACAGGCUCCUGGCUGCCUGCGGAGGGGGAGGUGCCCUUUGGCAGGGGGCUGCAUUUCAGCAGGGCCUGCUGUGUUCCUUGGGCACGGGCACUGCUGGCCCCAGUGGCCCAAGAGCAUCCAUCCCUGUGCUGUGGAGUGGGUGGGGGCUGUCCCUCCAGGCUCCUGGGGCCAGUGUAGCUGGCUAAUGCCAGCAGAGCAGUCCCCUAUGCUGAUUUGGGGGUAAUCUGCACAGGCCUCCCUUGGGCUUCCCCUAGUGUCCUCAGGCUGCCAUAAUAUGGCCCAAGCUGCCUGUAUGCACCGGGGUGGGGGGCUCCAAGCCCCACUGAGAAUCAUUCCUCUUUUGAGCUGAGGAGAUGCAGCUCCAUCCUCGCCUCCGUACUGCAGCGCUGCCAGCUGUAAGCAUCCCCCAGUGGAUAGGGAGCUGCUCCUGGCUCUAGACUGAGGGAAGCUGGUGUGGGGCUGGGCUGGGAAGGUCUUUUUAAAACCCUUUUUUUCCCUUGUUGUUUUUAAUAAACGUUACAAAAAACUCCACAAA